CAGGAUUAAGGGCUAUUUCCUUGAAUUUUACAAUUAAAGGUAGAAAAGGCAAAAAGAGGCAAAUAUCUUAAAAAAGGCAACAUCGAAGGUGUUUACGUGGACUCAGGGAAAACUAAAUCGGGGGCAUUCUUAAUCGAAUAUACUCUACCUCUUUAGCAGAAAAAAAGGCAAUUUCCAUAAAGUCCGUUCCCUGAUAAUAAUAAUAAUCCCCCCUAUUACGUUUGGCGUCGUCGACAUCGUCGUCGUUUUUCAGUCGACAUCACUUCGUGUCGACGUCGACAUCACAUCGACGCAGAAUCGGUACUGGCUAAACGUGUUGAGACGACGUCGACAAUUUAUCGAUAAAUUAAUGUAGGAAAUACCAUCUUUGUCAUUUUUGCAUCAGCUGUUUCAUGUUGUUUACAAUUUUUAUUUAAAAGGUUACGUUCUUUAGAUCUGUGUGAUUAUUAUUAUAUUGAAUAUUUUUGCGCAAAAAUGUUCUUUGUUUCCGAUUCAAGCUCAAGCGAUGAAGAAUGCAAAAAAGAUCUUAUACUAAAAAGGAAAAUUAUUAGGCAGAACUCUGAUAUAUUUAGUUUGCCAGAUAACAGAUUUCAGGACUAUUUUCGACUAAACAAAACUGCAUUUAACUAUGUACUACAAAAAAUUAAGCCGCAAAUAAAAAAUGGAAUCCGGACAACAGCCGUAUCAAAAACUAUAAAAUUGGCAGCGACUUUGCGGUUUUUGGGUCAGGGCUCAUAUCAAACAAGUGUUGGAAACGACUUCCACCUUGGGCUUUCCCAGCCAACAGUUAGUUCAGUCCUGUCUGAAACACUCGACAUUUUAGAAGCAGUCAUAUGUCCUCUAUGGAUCAAAUUUCAUAUGACAGACGCUGAAAAAAAAGAAGCCAAGGAGUAUUUUUUCCAAAAAACUGGUUUUCCUGGUGUUAUUGGAUGUGUCGAUGGAAGCCACAUUAAAAUUUUGGCUCCCAACAAACAAGACCAGCAUCUAUACUACAAUCGAAAAGGAUUUUUUAGUUUGAAUGUUAUGAUUGUAAGAACAGGCCAACGUUUGCUUUGCAUUUUAAAACAUAAAAAAUUCUUCCACAGAUUUGCGAUCAUAAAAUGCGAAUACGGUAUUUUGAUGCUCGUUAUGCGGGUUCUGGGCAUAACUCUAAUUUGGAAUAUUAGCCAAGCGAGAACAAUUCUGAAGGAGCGAUACGAUGCUGGGGAGCGUAGAUGCUGGCUCUUAGGUGAUGCGGGUUAUCCUCUUGAACCAUACAUUAUGACGCCAUAUCGAUCCGCAGCAGAAGGAAGUCCAGAAGCUAUUUACAACAACAAACAUGCCAAAGCUAGAAACAUAGUUGAACGCACUAUUGGAGUGUUAAAAAACCGAUUUCGCUGUUUGCUCGGUGCACGUCAACUUCACUAUACGCCAUCUAAAGCCACGCAAAUCGCUAAUGUAUGUGCAGCACUCAACAACAUUUGCAUCGAGUUUGGUUCACACAUCACAAACGAGGAUGCAGACAUUGCAGAACUAAACGAAGACAAUGUUGACAAUACUGAUGAUGUGGAAAAUAGCAUAAAUAUUGAAGCUUCGCAAAUUAGAGAACAAAUAAAAAACAGUUUUGUGUAAUUUCAGUUCAUUCUUUUUUUAUAAAAUAAAUGGA